UAAACUGGCCCUAUUGCCACUUGUUGCUUGAAAUUUUGUAAACAAAUACAAAACUUUUUCCAUGUCUUGGCCGGGAAAAUUAUUAGUUACUUACGAAAACUUCACAUCCGAUUUACCAGCUCUUGAAAUUGGCAAACGAACAAAAGGAUGUCACUCUUUCUGUCAGUGCAAGUGCAAAUGCUGCGGAGGAGUCAGGGAGAAAUACGUGGCAUUCGAUGGGGAAAACGUUAUUGAUUCAGAGUUUUCAAACGAAUUUUCCGGCGAUGACGAUGUACAGAAAAUUAUGCGUUUUCGCAGUUCGGAUAUGCUGGUUUUACUACAGGUAGCGCAAUUACGUGAUCAUUUUUGGACGAAUCAGUAUUUCAAAGUUGAUUUACAAGAAGAUUAUGAAGCUAUUGCAAAGGCUCUUGAACUUCAAAACCGGAAAUUUGAUUUGAAACGGUUGGCUGAGAUUCUGGAGACAGUGACCUCCGGCUACAGACGCGCAGUCAGCCAGUUAUCAGGCCAAGAAUCCCAGGGAGCCCUGCGUCCCAAAAUGAGAGCUCUUGUUUUACCAGGAUUGCGUUGUGAUUGCAUUAAAUGUGAACAACUUCCUUGGAAAAAGCUACAGGAUGUUGAGGAUCAUCAGAGGAGUCACACAUAUUCGGAUAACUUUCACUGCCAGAUUUGCUAUCGCAGAUUUUACCUUCAGCAUUCUCUAACUUCCUAUUUUAGCAGAAACGUAGGACCUAAAAACUUUGGAACUGAAGAACUCCAGGAAAAUCUGAGAUACAAAAGAAUACUAAAGAGUCUGAAAUCCAGAGAACGGGAGCAAACGGAGUUACGAUAUGCUAAAAUUGAGGAUAUAGUGAUGCCAGUAUACAAGGACUUAAAGAUGUACCUCAGAGAAGAAACUGGACCUUCCCUGCAAAAACGAAAGACAACUAGACACACCAAAUGUCCUAUUUGUAAUGAGAAAUAUGGAUUCUCUUUUAGCCACCAGCUGCAUAUGGUUAAGCAUAGAAGAGAUUGCGAUGAUAUAACCCUCUAUCCCUGUUCCUAUUGCAAUAGGUCUUUUAGGUCCAGAAAAUUUCUAAGCAAACACCACAAGAGGGUAAGAAUGUCCAGCAACAUUCGCUAUCGUCCUUUCAAGUGCCAAGACUGUCCAAGCAGAUUUCAACUGUGGUCUGUCCUUAAAACUCAUAUAACCCGGAUCCAUGAACGCAAGAAACCCUGUCUGAUUUGUCAACUUCCCACAUUGGGUCGCUGUUGUUUUAAUCACACAGUCGAGGAAUGUAGAGAAGCCGUUAAAAAACACCGAGAAAAACUUCGUCGCAUAAAUGGACCUCCCAAAGCAGGCUGCAAGAAGAAACCCAGACCAGUGUGCGAAAUCUGCGGUAUGGAUUUCGCAAACAAGUUUUUCCUUAGAGAGCAUUUGAACAAAAAGCAUUUACAUAGAAGGAAUUUUACUUGCGAAAUGUGCGGAGCGAGGUUCUUUAGCCAGGGCACAAUGCAAACACACCGUAAGUCAGUGCACCUGUUGAUUCAGACUGCAGAAUGUGAUGUUUGCAAUCUCACUAUCAAGUCUAGAGCAAAUUUCCUGAGGCACUGCAAGUCGAAAAGGCACAAGAAGGAGUUGCUUAAACUGAAUGGUGACCAAGAAAAGCAUAAAGAAAGUAACCAAAACGAAAGUGUGGCAAUCAAUCAAACAGAAUCGUCUAAUUCAUCAUCAGAUCCAAUCGAAGAAUACCUUGAUAUGCUACUUAAUAACGAAUCUACCACUGCAAGCGAGGAUAUAGAACCUGAGCCGGAAAUCUAUUCAAGAACGCCUAGCAGAUUUCAAAUUCCUGAAAAAGUUACUUUCUGUAAACCCUGUGGAAAUUCUAUUGUAGGAAACAUGCAACGGCAUUUCAGAUCGACUAAACAUAGGCGCAACUUAGUUGCGUCCAAAAAAAAUAAUAAGUCAUAAGCCGUUGAAUAAUUAAAUUCGAUCCAAAUUUAAUAAAACCGUGCAAAAUAAGUUAUAACAAAAUUUCU